GAGUCCGGUCCAAAAUCACAGCUACCCGUGCUAAAAGGACAGAGACACUCACUGGUCUCAAAUUUGAAAUCGUGUCCAAAGAUAUAUAGCUAGAAGAAACUCAGAUCCCAAACAGCGACAUCAGAGGAAGAAUGGAAGCUUAAGCACAGCCGUAACAAAAGUUAAAGCACGACGAUGGGUAUGCCUUUUCUACUGAGUCGACUCGUUCUCAUCAUCUUUGUUGCUCACUUUGCAGCUUCAAAAGCAGCAGCCACAAGACCUGGUUUUAUCUACACAAGAACCAGAGGAAGAUGCACUCCCCAGUUCUGGAGCAGCAGGAGAGAGUCAUGGCCAAGGAUGGUGCCGCAGAGAGCAACAGUAUCAAAGGUGUUUGGAUCAGGAGUAUUUGAGCGGUACGGAUUGGAUGUGACCUUGCUGGAAUCAACGACUAGGAACGACGAUGAGAACGCAUUUGCUGGGUUGUUGAAGCAGGCGAGUGCAGCCCUUCUGAACUCAUAUGCUAGAGAGGGGUUUCCAUACUCUGCUUGGGAAGUGAAGACUCUGCUGAUACAGGCAUUGGUCUCCAAGGAGGCUGCAGCCACUCAAGCCAAGCAGUUCUCUGUUGCCAACGAAGCUUGUAAUUAAUUAUAAACUACUAUACAUUUUUACUUGUUUUUGUGACCAAUCCUUCUAUGUGUUUCUCUGUUAUUGUUGUGUUGCAAUGUUGCCCAGAUGUAAAGAACUUGAAAUUUUAGCUUGGA